UUGAUUCAAAUGAUGGUCGGUUGUGGUUUACAUGUGUAGUUCAUAACAACAUUUUAUCGAUCCCUUUGAGGAACUUGUGGGAAGCAGACUCGCAUAUUCGAUUAGCUUUAUUUCAGCUGUUCUCGACCCGAUUGCGUUCGAAUGGUUGCGUAGUAAACACAUUGCAUCAUGGACAGCAACGAUAGCAGACUCAAUGGGACCAUAAUGAACCCGACAAAUUUAAACGGUGAGCAUUGGAAAAUAAUUAAAGAAAAGAUUCUCAAUAAGUAAAUUAAUAAGUAAAUAUGUCUAACAACUACUGCCUUUAACAUGUUUUAAAGAAAGGGGAGGGGGGAGGGAUAAAACAGAAUUUUUCUGUCAGACAAACUCCUUUUAUUGCAAGUUUAGAGGACGUAAUAGUUUAGGACCAGAAUUCAAGAGACUAUGUUGUUGUAUCUUUGCAGUAUGUCUCUACAUGUAUUGCUUGAGUUUAACUUGAGACUGUGGAGUUUUGAAAUUACUGAAGGGCCUUUGCUUCUUGGAAGGAUUCUCUCUUUUAACAGAUUGUCUGUUCAGUACGAAUAAAGGCUAAUUUGAGGCAUUUUUAUCCGAUAGAAAUCAGUUACGCUGUUGAUUAAUGGGAUCUCUCCUUCUUGCAUGGGGAGAAAUUUCGUUUUUCUCGUGACACAGGUUUUCCUCCUUAUUCCACACUUCCAUGGCCGAAAGUCGUCAACAACAACAACAUUAAAAAACUGGAAAGGAACAAAAACUGUUUCUUUAUUUUACCUUCAAACCAUCGAAAAAAAGAGGAUCGGAGAGCAUUUUCCUCAAGUUUAUAACUUGAUCGCUUUAUUUCAUCCUUUAAGACGUCUUUUUUUUAACUUUUCCGUGGAAGAUUCUAUCGCAGGCAAGGAAGAGACUGUUGAGGUGGGCGUUAUUGUAAUGGGCCUCAGCUGUAUUUGCCUGGUGGCCUGUGCACUAGUUGUUCUUCAGCUCCGCUCGAACAGCAGACGCAUUUCAGGGAACCGUCAAAGAGCCGGACAUUCAGGGGAUGUGUCUGAAGAUCGAUCAUGUGAUCCAUUGGAUGUGGCAGCACCGCCCUCAUAUGACGCAGUAAUCCGUUCCCCUCACCUGUACCCGCCUUCCCGACAGAUCCCCAUGUCUCCUUGUGCCUCGGAGUCGCGAAGAAGCUCCAGAUCAAGUAGAUUCAGUUUGUCGCUUCAUAGUCCUCGACUCGCCCUUCACUAUCUCGAAGUCCCUCGAGGAACAUCAGAGGAGGACCUCUCCGUACAUCCGAGCUUACAGACGUCUCACGAGGAGGACAAUGAAGAACCUCCCCCACCAUAUCCAGGGAAUUUCAUUUCAACAGAAACAGGACAAGGUGCGAAUCCAUCGGACAUUGUCUGUCAAAGCAACUCGAGACUAUCCCGCAAGAGUGCCGGACACGGUGAAAUGAAUGAGAGAACAGUUAAAAAUGAGCUUAACCGAAGGAACUCGGGAGCGCGGGAAAGUACCAGUCACGUGGUCGAUGCGGCGUGGACAAGUAGAGAAAUCUGUAGUGAAUUAUGUAGAACUGACAUCUGUCAAUCAAAUCACGAAAGGAGGAUCCCAGUCUGCAAUCUUAGACAGCCUAAUGUUUUUCGGACAGUUGUCUCUUAUUCACCGCAUCUUCAACAUUGUAGAGCGCCCGUCACUGAGUCUCUGACUGCCUGUGCUGAAGAUAUCGAAUUUGCUAACACUGUGUAGUCAUAACUUUUGUGUGGUCAAUAUUUCUAUAUUAAAUUCUCAUUUUUCAA